AAUCUUGAAUCUUUGAGCUAUUUGUAAAAGUCUAAAAAGACCGUGGAUACCCUGUUUCGCACACCGGGCAUUCUACACUCCUCUUUUCCUUCUAUUUUAUUCAGAUCAACCGUUGCCGACUGCCCGCUGCCGGCAGGUAUCGCCGUAGUGGAAACCAUGCUGAAAUUCACGAAAGGCGUCGUGCCCGGAUCUCGCACGGGCCUCAAGGGUCUGCCUUACAACAUCGGCGAGCCUUAUUCCUCUGCUUGGUGCUCUUGUGUUCACUUCCGCGGAACCUCCAAACCUCGAAGAGUAAAGGCAUUUAUUGAUAUGGCGAUCCAGCGUGCUCCUCAAGAUAUAAGCAUAUCUCUCUCCAGAUGCUGUUGUGAAUAUGGGAAUGUGUAUGCUGCAAUACAAGAAAUGGGGCGUAGAAAGUAUGGGAACUCAAGUUUUUCAGACACGGUUUGUAGUGAUGGAGAGGUUAGGGAAAGCUGUAAAUUUGAUGAUUCGUACGAGUCUGAAGAGUCAGAAAAGGAAGAUGGAGAAGAGAGUGACGAUGAUGAGAUUGGUGGUGAUUUUAAGAUUUUGGAUUCUUUUGAUAGGAAUCAAAAGCAGAGUAAUUUGCGUAAAGAGAAAAUUGACGAGGUAGAGGAUGAAAUGGGACACCCUUUGGUAAAAGAAAUAUGCAGGUUAGUUCAGUUGAGAUCAUUAUGGACUCUAAAACUUGAGGGGGAUCUGAGGCGUUUAUUGAGAAGUUUAACAGCUCUUCAAGUUUGUGCUGUUUUAAGGUCUCAAUCUGAUGAAAGGGUUGCUUUGAUGUUCUUCUAUUGGGCAGACCGGCAAUGGCGAUACAGGCAUGACCCGGUCGUGUAUUAUGAGAUGCUUAGAAUUCUAAGCAAGACAAAGUUGUGCCAAGGAGCUAAGCGUGUUCUCCGGCUAAUGUCACGAAGAAGAAUCAAAUGUCACCCCGAAGCUUUUGGUUAUGUGAUGGUUUCUUUUAGCAGAGCUGGACAUAUGAGGAAAGCAUUGCAGGUUCUCACUUUGAUGCAGAAAGCAGGAGUAGGUCUGGAUUUAAGCAUAUGUAAUACUUCAAUUUAUGUUUUGGUGAAGGGCAAUAAGCUGGAGAAGGCAUUAAAGUUUUUGGAACGCAUGCAAGCAGUUGGAAUGACACCCAAUGUGGUCUCUUAUAAUUGCUUAAUUAAGGGUUACUGCGAUGUGCAUCGUGUUGAAGAUGCAUUGGAGCUUAUUGCUCAAAUGCCCUACAAGGGUUGUCUGCCCGACAAAGUGAGUCACUACACUGUGAUGGGAUUUUUGUGUAAGGAGAAAAGAGUCAAUGAAGUAAGAGAGUUAAUGGAUAAGAUGAUGACUGAUAGUAAUUUACAUCCCGAUCUGCUUACUUUUGAAACUCUUGUACAUAUGUUUUCAAAGCAUAACCAUUCCGAGGAAGCAUUAAGCUUUUUAAGGGAAGGAGAAUCCAGAGGAUUUUGUAUAGACAAAGUUGGGUACAGUGUAGUAGUAAACUCAUUCUGUAAAGAGGGAAGGAUGGAUAGGGCGAAAGAGGUAGUUAAUGAGAUGAUUUCUAAGGGAUGUAUUCCUGAUGUGGUGACUUACACUGCUGUCGUGAAUGGAUUUUGCUGUUUGGGAGAGGUCGGUCAAGCAAAAAAGCUAAUUGAACAGAUGAACAAACAUGGUUGCAAGCCAAACACUGUUUCCUACACAUCUCUUUUGAAUGGGCUAUGUAAAAGUGGAAGAUCUUCUGAAGCAAGAGAGAUUAUGAACAUGAGUGAGGAUGGCUGGUGGAAGCCUAAUGCUGUGACCUACAGUGUUUUGAUGCAUGGUUUUCGUAGAGAGGGAAAGUUACCAGACUCUUGUGAUAUAGCAAGGGAAAUGAUAGGAAACGGGUUUUUUCCUUCUCCCGUUGAAAUCAACCUGCUUGUUCAAGCUCUUUGUAGAGAGGGUAGAAUGGUUGAGGCGAAGAAGUUUUUAGAAGAGUGCAUGAGAAAAGGGUGUGCAGUAAAUGUGGUAAAUUUCACUACUUUGAUUCAUGGUUUCUGCUUAAAGAACAAUUUGGAUUCGGCUCUAUCCGUUCUGGAUGACAUGUAUUUGAUUAACAAACAUCCAGAUACUAUUACAUACACAACAAUCAUAAAUGCAUUAGGAAAGAAUGGUAGGAUUGAAGAGGCGAUUGAAAUGACGAAGAAAAUGAUCCAUAAAGGUUUGAUUCCUACUCAAGUGACAUACCGUACGGUCAUUCAUCAGUUUUGUCAUCACGGUAGGGUAGAUGAUCUUGUAAAGCUGUUAGAGAAGAUGUUGCGGAGACAAGGUUGCAAGACUGUGUACAAUCAAGUCAUUGAAAAGUUGUGCACUUUUGGAAAUCCUGACGAGGCUUAUAAGCUUUUGGGUAAAGCUCUUCAGACGGCUUCAAGAAUCGAUGCAAAUACCUGCCACGUUCUUAUUGCAAGUUUUCUGAAAAAAGGAAAUGCUUUAUGCUCAUAUAAGGUUGCCUGUCGAAUGUUCAAGCGGAAUCUGAUUCCUGACUUAAAGUUGUGCGAAGUUGUGAAGGAGAAAUUGAUGUUAGACGGGAAAGUAAAUGAGGCAGACAAACUUAUGAUUCUUUUAGUUGAGCGUGGAUGCAUUUUGCCUAGGAGAUGACACACCAUCCUUGAGCCCCCCGAGAACCGACGGGACAUUAUCUGGGAGGAUGUAAAUUGAGCUUUGAUCUCACUCUGAUGGAAAGAGAGCGGAGUUCUAUCCCAAGUCAUUGCUUGGAGUUGAACCCGGGACCUCUCCCUUGCGGGGUUCUAUCCCAAGUCAUUGCUUGGAGUUGAACCCGGGACCUCUCCCUUGUGGCACCCCCAUCCUACCAGGAGAGCUACGCCCCCCAGUAGGAUGCAUUUUUCCUAAACAUCAGCAGCGGUUGUCUUGAGAUGCAAUUAGCAGUAUUACACUUUUCAUAUUGUGUUGAUAAAUCCAUUAUUUUUAGUAAAAAGGUUAUUAUCUUGGGGACAGCAGCUUCUGGGUUUUAUUACUGAAAAGUAUGGAAUUCCAUUCAACAAUUGCCCUGUUGCAUAUUGUGUUCUGUCUGCUGCCAUUCUUUUAUUGAAAGGACUUCCACAGAAUUUCUAGUGCGGUAAUAUUAAGUUAUACGUAGUACUUCAUAUUAAUUUAUUUUAUUAUAUUGGUGAUGUUUAGUGCAGCUUACUGGAAAUUGGAACCUUAAUAGGUCGUAACUCUUAGGAAUAAUGUUCUUUGCAAGCACAUAUAUUGGUCACUUGAUAUGCUGGAUGCUUCAAUUCAUCUUCUCAGUUGUGUUUCAAUCCUUCAUUCAGUUCUCACGUCUAACUAUUUUGGACAUGCAGACAUAUCAAGUAAUUGCUGACAAAUUUGAAGGGUAGUCACUUGGAAACAGAUAAACCCUAACUAAUAAUGGGCUGUUUUGCUUUGCGGAGACGCUUGGAAAUUGACAAGGCUUAAUAAAUGAUUCGAGUGUAAUAACAGUGUCAUCAAAGAGAGGUGUUCCAUUCGAUUUUACAAACUCAAGAUCAUAAUGAUAGGCUGGCAUAGGACUUGAUUAUUAUUCAUCUUUGCCUUCUGCCUCAGCUUGAAUCCUACUUUCUUUUUAUUUGAAGCAGACAUCCGAUGUGAGAAAGAAAGUUGAGAUUUUGGUUAUGUGAAAGGCGAGGAACUAAUGAUUGGAGUUUCAUCGAGGGAUCAAGUAAUGCUUUGAGCUCAUCAAGUACACAUCGGAAGAUGUUACAUUUGAGGGGAAGUAGACCGGUAGAACAUGUUUGGAAGGAAACACAAGCAAGAAGAUGAAUCUUGCGGAAGGAGAGAGACAUUUUCUACUAUAUGUAUGAAUUUGUCAGAUCUGUUCAGAAUAUUGCAACUAAGCACCAUCUAGAUUGGUAAUUUGGUGAUUUGUAAGGUAUACUUUGAGCACUUCAAAUCCCUUUCAUUUGGAGCUUUUCAAGUCUUCAUCGUUUUAAUCCCAACUAUGCCACUGUCAGUCACAAGAAAAUCAUAAUGUCAACUUCUUAAAUAAUUUUGAGCAUAUUUAUGAGGGU